AUGAGUGUUCUAUGUCUCCUUGCUCUCUCUCUGCUCAUCUCUGUUUCAGGAGCAAAGUUCUCCGGCCGGCCAGGAAUCAACUACGGCCAGCUCGGAAACAACCUCCCGUCUCCGCCAGACUCAGUCAAACUCAUCCAGUCACUAAACGCAAAACGCGUCAAGCUCUACGACGCUAACCCAGCCAUCCUCGCCGCCUUAAACACCACCGACAUCGCCGUCUCCGUCAUGGUCCCGAACGAGCUCAUCGUCAACAUCUCUAAAUCAGACUCCCUCUCCGACGACUGGAUCCGCUCCAACAUCCUCCCGUUUUACCCCGCCACCAAGAUCCGUUACCUCCUCGUCGGCAACGAGAUCCUCUCCUCCGCAGAUUCCGAGCUCAAAUCCGCGCUGGUUCCCGCAAUGCGCAAGAUCCAACGGUCACUAAAGUCACUCGGCGUUAAAAAAGUGAAAGUGGGGACCUCACUCGCCGUCGACGUUCUCCAGUCGUCGUUUCCUCCGUCAAGCGGCGAGUUUCGCGAGGACAUUUCCGGUCCAAUCAUGAAACCGAUGCUCCAAUUCCUAAACCGGACCAAAUCGUUCCUCUUCGUCGACGUCUACCCGUAUUUCGCCUGGGCCCAAGAUCCGAAACACAUCGAUCUCGAUUACGCCAUUUUCGAAUCUACCAACGUCACCGUCACCGAUCCGGUCACGAAUCUGACCUACCACAACCUCUUCGACCAGAUGAUCGACGCGUUCGUCUUCGCCAUGAAACGCCUCGGGUAUCCGGAUCUUCGGAUCUGGGUCGCCGAAACGGGUUGGCCCAAUAACGGCGACUACGACCAAAUCGGAGCGAAUAUCUUCAACGCCGCCACCUACAAUCGCAACGUCGUCAAGAAACUCGCCGCUGAGCCGCCCGUGGGCACGCCCGCCCGACCCGGGAAAGUCCUCCCGGCGUUUAUCUUCGCGCUUUACAACGAGAAUCAGAAAACGGGUCCGGGCACGGAGAGGCAUUUCGGGCUUCUCCAUCCGAACGGGACUCAGGUUUACGAGAUCGAGUUAUCGGGAAAGACGACGGAGUUCAAGGAGUCGUUGCCGGCGCCGGAGAACAACGAGGUGUACAAGGGGAAGAUUUGGUGCGUGGUGGCUAAAGGAGCGAAUUGGACUCAUCUUGGUGAUGCACUAUCGUACGCUUGCUCACAGGGGAACAAAACCUGCGACCCGAUCCAACCCGGAGGCCCAUGUCACAAACCGGAUUUGACCGUUUUGCACGCCAGCUACGCCUUUAGCUCUUAUUGGGCCAGCUUCCGUAAGACCGGUGGGACUUGUUCCUUCAAUGGCCUCGCCACCCAAACCAUCAAAGACCCAAGCUAUGGACGCUGCGAGUUUCCGAGCGUGACACUGUGA